AUGAAGCUUACCAUAUUCUCGCUCCUAGCACUGGCGACUGGCGUUCGCUCAGCAGCCCGCAAUUUAUCGUACUCUGGCAUUCUUAGGGUGCAGACCUCCACCGGGAUCUUCACAGGACUGAUUGACACGGAUUCUCCCAAUGUUCGCCAGUGGCGAUCUAUUCCUUUCGCAGAACCUCCUGUCGGGUCGCGGCGAUGGCUACCCCCUGAGAAGCUUCAGCCAUCGACCAAACACCAAUAUGCAACGAAGUUCCCGCCUUCAUGCCCACAAUUCGUGACGGCAAUCGAAUCUAUGUGGAACCUGCCUCUAACAAAGGGCAAUUUGAUUUACAAUGGAGGCCAGAACGAUACGUCGGGUCUGGUGGGCGAAGCAACGUCCGAAGACUGCCUUUACCUCGCGAUCUGGGCACCCACGAGCCCGCCACCUAAAGAGGGGUUCCCAGUCCUCUUUUUUAUGACAGGUGGCGGCUUCGUGAUGGGUGGCAUUGAACUUCCCUGGCAGAUCCCUACGUCCUGGGUCGAGCGGUCACAGUCAGCAAUCAUCGUCACAAUAAACUACCGCGUCAGCAUCUUUGGCUUCCCUAACGCGCGUGGGGUGGUCGAAGGGGAGCAAAAUCUCGGAAUUCUCGACCAAAGAUCCGCUCUAGAAUGGGUGGAAAGCAAUAUUGCGGCAUUCGGCGGCGACCCGACCCGCAUCAUGAACUGGGGCCGAUCGGCGGGUUCCAUCAGCGCGGACAUCCACGCCUACGCUUACCACGAUGAUCCGAUUGCUCAAUCCUACUAUAUGGAGUCGGGAGUCAUGACCGGAUCCUUUUCUUCAGGUCUCUUGGAAGACCCAACGUACUCCAAUUUCACCUUCGUCGCAGAGCAUGUGGGCUGCGAGUCUUCUUGCGGCCCCAACUGCGAGGACCCCGAUGGCAUGGCGGAACUCGACUGCAUGCGCCGCGUAUCUUUCCCGCAGAUCAUGAACUUCAUCGGACAGUACGGCGAUCGAGGUGAAACACCAGCUCUAUCCUUCGGCUUGAUCCCAGAUGAUCGCAUCAUCUUCCGUGACUACGAUGAGCGCGCUGCGGCGGGAAAAAUCGCUCGCCGCCCGUCCCUGAUUUCCAUGACGGCCAACGAGUUCUCAUCACUCACCCCAUGGCCAAAGGAUAACCUGACUGAAGGUCCUUGGCAGCCGCCUGUCACGGCCAUGGACGUCGCGUGGGUGUGCUCAGCUUUCAAUGCCACUGCCGCUCGCAACCGUUUGAGCGCGUCCGAAGCCCCCGUCUUCAGGUUUCAGUAUGCUGCCGAGUUUCCCAAUUUGAAUGUAUACAGUUGGCUGGGUGCAUACCACAAUAGCGAGACGCCAGUGUUGUUUGGGACGUACAACCUGUUGGAUCACAUAGCACCAACGACGGAUUUCCAGGUUGAAGUUAGCAGGGCGAUGCAGGAUUAUGUCAUGGCGUUUGCUGAGGAUCCGUAUCAUGGACCGCAGAAGAAAUUUGGUUGGGAGCCGCAGGUUGUCAACGAGACGAAUGGAGGGUUUGUACUUCGUUUUGGAGCAGGCGAGAAGGCGGUCCAGCGCAUCGAUGGGGUCGAGUUAGAUGGAGUGUGUCAGGGGUUGGCAGAGUAUGAUCCAUUCCCAUGA